UACGGAGGGGGUUAAAAACUGCCCUCUCUGUCAGGAUACUUGCAGUGACUCGCACAGGGGUAGAGGAGUGCUUUAAAGACAGGACACUUGUUUCUUUGAAACCAAGAGGGGAGAGAAAAACGAUAGAUAUGGCGAAUAAAGCACCAGAGCCCUUUCCUUUGCACCUGGCGGAACUCACUGCUUCCCAGUUUCUCGACAUCUGGAAUAAAUUCGAUGCUGACGGAAAUGGCUGCAUUGAAGGGAAGGAACUGGAACAUUUCAUUCGUGAGCUCGAGCUAGCAAGGAAAAGUGCGGAUCCUUCAAAUGCCUCAUUCAAAGACAGGAUGAAAGAGUUUAUGCAAAAAUUUGAUGAGAACGGUGAUGGGAAGAUUGAGAUGUCAGAGCUGGCCCAGAUCCUGCCCACGGAGGAGAAUUUUCUAUUAUGCUUUAGACAGUUUGUGGGAUCCAGUGCAGAGUUUAUGGCAGCAUGGAGAAAAUAUGAUACUGACCGUAGCGGAUACAUUGAAGCCAAUGAACUGAAGGGCUUUCUCUCAGAUCUGCUGAAGAAAGCAAACAGACAUUACGACGACAAGAAACUGAAUGAAUAUACACAGACCAUACUUAAAAUGUUUGACCUGAAUGGUGAUGGGAAACUGGGACUGUCGGAGAUGGCUAGACUGCUUCCUGUGGAGGAGAACUUUCUGCUCAAGUUUCAGAAUUUCAAACUAUCUGCUGAAGAAUUUGAAGCAAUCUUCACCUAUUAUGAUAAGGAUGGAAAUGGUUACAUUGAUGAACAUGAACUGGAUGCACUGCUGAGAGACCUCUACCAAAAACAUAAAAUGGUUGUUGACCCUCAAAACCUGUCUAGCUCAAAGAAGAGCAUCAUGGCGUUAUCUGACGGAGGAAAGCUGUUCCGCACAGAGCUGGAGAUUGUGUUAUGCAAGGAUCCGUCAGUGUGAACUCCGAGUUCUUAACUCUCACUUCCUUCACCCACCCCAAUCUAGCCAAAGCAGGUGCAUGUGGUGGCUCUGUUCCACCUCUUAUCCUGUCAAAGUUAAUCAGCAUCCACAACAUACUCAUCUCUCCGUGGCAUGCCUUUCCCAAAGAUAUGGCUUCUUGAUGUGUGCAUCUCUUGCUUGUCUUUUAUAUGUCAAAAUAUGACAUUGUGGUAUAAUAAUGGAUAUAUGGUCUUAUUCUCCUGCUUGUACCAAAUCUUCAAUUCAGUUUGUUACUUUCUGUAGCCUAUGCAGCCUGCUCUCUCUCCAUUCCCCUCUUUCUCUCUAUCUUUCCAAUCUCUCCCAUAUCUCCUUUUUUGUUCCUAGCAAGACUGUAGACUGUUCUGUUUUGCCAACACUGCUAAAAGAAUUAUUGAAAUAAAGAUCAGAUAAUACA